AUGACCAUAAUCUUUGUCUUGAGCGGAGUGCUGAUAACCCAGAUCUUCAGUUAUAAGUGGUUCCUGGAUGACAUGGAUGAAGAAGGACAAGCAACAGCCGGCAUGUCAAAGUGUCAACUUGCUACUUGCCAUGUAUUUUGCAUGGGCGUCUUCCUCAGGUAUUACUUCCUUCUGAAACAAGGAUUCCAAGAGGUGUGGAAAAAAACUAGUUCAUCCACAGCGGAGGAAAUGAGGGAAAGGAAUCACAAACUCUUCUGCAUGGCCACUGAUCUGAGCAUGCUCAAACUGUUUGAGACCUUUCUGGAGAGUGUUCCUCAGCUCCUUUUACAGCUUUACAUCAUCCUGCGUCAUCCAGAACUGUCAGUCAACCAAUAUCUGUCUCUGGCCUUCUCCUUUGCCAGUGUGGCCUGGGCAUUGGUGGAUUACCGUCGCUGCCUGAGGAAAUCUCUCCCCAGCAUCAGAGAAAUGCCCUCAGGAGCCCCCACAGCCGUCUACCUCCUCUACAAGCUGUGCACCAUCACCAGCCAUGUUCUGAGCUACAGCCUCCUCCUCACUCUCAGCCCCUACAGCGCAGUAGCCCUCACCGUUCUCUGGCUGUUAGGAACCACAUGGGCACACUUGCUUCAAACCAACUUUUGUUCAUCCCGAGGCCUUGAGCUUCUCUACCGGGCCGUCAUAGGAGUCAUUCUUGUGUUUACCUUUUUCAACGUGAAGGGACAGGACACCAAAGUUGCCAUGAUCAUCUAUUACAUUUUCUACUCUGUGAUCAAUUUCACGACUCCACCAUUGUUGUUUUUGUUAAAGCCAGAACUGCAGUCAAGCAAGCUUUUGCUGACAGUGGGAGGUUUGAUCUUUGGAGGGUCGGUGUUGGGGCUGCUGUGUCUGGUGCUGUAUUACCUCUUCCUGCACCCCAGGGGGAACUGGCCGGAGGCCGAUGAGGUGGACGGCCUGGGAAACGAGGCAGAGACUACAAGGAAAAUAAGAAAAGUUGAGAACUUUUUACAACCUUGA